UCCCUUUUCCCCCAUUCUUCAAUUGUGAUCAUCAUGAUGAGUGCAUGUACUUCCUCGCCGAUGUUCUUCACCGGUGCCCAGCCACCGGUCGAGUUGCAAUGUCCUCUCCAAGAGACUGAGCUGAUAGAGGAACUCCUGUCCCUGCAGCAAGAAGGGAACUCGAACUCGGGGAGUCCGAAUUCCGGUUCGGAUGGCUCGAACCGUGGAGUCUACUCGGUGGAUGAGAGAAAGAGGAGGCGCAUGACUUCAAAUCGGGAGUCAGCCAGGCGAUCCAGGUGGAGAAAGAAGAGGCAUUUGGAGGACUUGACGGAGGAGGCAAGCAGAUUGAAAAUGGAGAACCGGGAGCUGAAGAACCGUUUGGGGUUUGUUACUCAGAAGUGUCACAUAACGUGGAGAGAAAAUGAGCGGUUGGUAUCCGAAUCCCUAGCUUUGCGAGCUAGGCUUUCGGAUCUGAACCGGGUUUUAGUUGCCAUGCAGACGAUGCAGUCACAAUAUUAAACAGUUAUAUUGAUCUAAAAGUCUAAAAUGGCAACUAAAAUUAACGAAACGAGGAUCAACUUGGGCAGUCUCUCGUGCAUUAAUUUAAGUAUAGCUAGACCAGCAUUACAGACUUGGUUAAUUACUGGGGUACAGAUUUGGCUGCUCAACAAAACUAGUUAGCUAGUUAAUCAUAUGGCAUAUAAUCUAGGGUUUAAAGGUCGAUCAUCUGCUAGCUACAGCUGGGAGGAUGUGUUUGAUGUGCUCAUUCGUGUAAAUAGUUUCAUGAAGGAAUACUAAUGCAGUGGAAAUGAAUGAUUUAGUUUUUACUUUGUA